AGUAAUGUUUGAUAUUAUAUUGUUUGUUAUCACAAGUGAGAAUAGAAUAUCCUUUUCAGUGGCAUUUAUUUCAACCAAUUUCCUUUCCUGUUCUUUUCUUCCAACUACCAACUUCUUUACCAGACAGAUUCAUUAAUAAAUGGCAAAAUCAAUUCUUCUGUGCAACAAAUGGUAUGGAAAUGGACAAUACUUCUGGGCCACACAUUCCUUCCACAAUUUCACCCAAAGGAAGAAAAUAGAGAUCAAGGUUAAGGCUGCGACUUCCUCGGAUUCAAAUGUAAAGAAAGCAAAUUUGUUUGCUACUAAAAAGGAAAGAGUUAAUCUGCCGGCAUACGAUGAUGUUGUUGGAAGUAAAAAAUAUCACAUCAGUGAAUUUUUAAGCCAGCCUAGUGGAAUUGCAGCAGUUUUGAACACAAAGGCCUUACAAUCAUUUCAAUCCCUUGAUGCUAACACAUACAGGUGUGAGCUUCCUAGACUUAGACUUUUGAACUUUGAAGCUUCUCCUUUCAUAGAUCUGCGGGUUACCUCAACAGAUGAAGAUUGCUUGGUUGAAAUGAUUUCUUGUAAGUUCGAGGGUUCAGAAAUUGUUGAAGAGCAAAACGACCACUUUUCAGCGUUCAUGAAAAAUCACAUGACAUGGAGUAAUGCUGAUGCUGAAUCAUUUUUGGAAGUUGAUGUGAAGUUGAAUCUCACACUUGAGAUCUAUACGCGCCCAUUUACUAUGAUGCCUAUUUCAGCUGUUGAAGGUCCUGGAAAUAUAAUGAUGCAAGCUUUGGUGGACAAGCUGGUGCCACUGCUUCUUGAUCAGAUGCUACAAGAUUAUGAUGAAUGGGUUCAAAAGCAAUUGUAUUGUCUAAAUCAGUCUUCUAAUUUGGAAAAAUUUGUUUAAGCUUAUUUAUAUAGUAGGGACAAGAGGGGGAGGGAGAAAUUUUUGUAUGUUUUGCUAUGGAGCACAACACUUUGGAAAAAAUGUGUCCAUGUUAGUGUUGGUGUCCGAAACCGAAGCCGACACUGUGAUUAUGUUAAAAUUAUUCAUUUUUUAAAAAAAUUAUUACCGGUGUCAAUAUGUCACUGUCGUAUUUCUGGUGUCUGUGGUUAAACGAAGUUUUAAGUGAAGUUUGUCGUAUUUUAGGUGUCCGUGGUUAAACGAAGUUUUAAGUGAAGUUUUAAGGAUGAGGUUUGGUAGAUGUAUGUUUUGGUUCUUCUAUAGACAUAAUCAACUAGCUUGUUUGAA